CGUCCCCUCCCUUUCCAUCCUGCAUCUCGCACUCCGAAGGAACUGCUUUCACAUUUGGAGGUACCUGGGGAGGGCCCGCGCUCCAAAUCCGCUCUUUUUCCCAAACUCCGCCGACCCAAAGUCCAGGAUCUUUGUGCAUCAUGGGGGUGAGCCGAGGAUGUUUGCUUUGCGUUAAAGUGAAAAUGUUUGUGUUCAAUCUCAUCUUCUGGCUGGGUGGCUGUGGGGUGCUCGGCGUGGGUGUAUGGCUGGCCGCCACCCAGGGUCGCUUUGCUACCUUAUCCUUCUCCUUCCCAUCGCUGUCAGCAGCAGGCCUCUUCAUGGCAACAGGUGCCAUCAUCAUGGUGGUGGGGUUCCUCGGCUGCUUGGGGGCAGCCACAGAACAUAGAUGUCUCUUACUGACGUUCUUCCUGGUCCUUUCCACCCUCUUUCUCCUGGAACUAGUUGGAUUGCUAGUUUUUAUCACUUGCCGAGAUAAGUUUGACCGAUAUGCUCAGUCCAACCUCAAGGAAGGACUCAAGCUCUAUGAGACAGAAGACAACUUGGGGUUAACCAAAGCAUGGGACCUUGUGCAAAACGAGUUCCGUUGUUGUGGGGUGCAGAACUACACAGAUUGGUUUGAGAUGAGGAACGGCACUUGGGUUCCCGAGUCGUGCUGCUUGCAGCGAAGUGAUGGUUGUCAAGUGGACAGUGCCAGCUGGUGGAAGGAGCCUUGCUAUGAGAAGGUGAAACGCUGGCUAGGGGAGAACAUCUCUGCAAUGGGCAUUUUUGCUGCCUGUAUCAUUGUUGUCCAGGUCUUGGGCAUCGUGUUCUCCAUGCUGAUGUAUUGCCAAGUUCGGAGGGCAGAGAAAUACUACGACUGACUCCAUUCCAGCCUACUCCUUGUCCUUCCAAACUUGGGGACGUGAGGCUCAGAAGAAGGAACAAGGGCAUUUUUAGCUCCUCUGGAGCUCUUUUGCAUUGGCCCCUUCCCGCACCUUCUUUCCCCUCCUCUUCAGGCGAAAGCCAGUUCUGCUGCUUGGUAUGUUCAUACCAUGCUUGCAAGAGGGGCCCUCUCUUCCCAGAAUAACCAAUUCUCCUAAGGAACCUCAUUUCUGUUUCUAUUGCCCAUAAGCUUCUUAAUUCCUAAGCAAACCUCCCUCUUUACAUCUUGACUUCUCCCUAUAUUUUAAGACGUGGUCUUCAAUACUCCUGCUUUGUACAUAACUGAAAUAUACUAAACACCCAUUAAAACAGUAUUUAUCUUUUA